AUGAGGCUUGGUUGUUAUACCCCUACACCCGUGGCAGUUUGGUUGCUUAAACCCCUCCGACCCCUCGCACCUUGUCCCUCUUGUCCCUUCCCGUUGGCAUGCUUGCUUCCCCAUUCCCCUUCUUCAUUGUCGACUGAUUCCAUUCUGCGCGUCGCGGCCCCCCGCGGCAGCAACCUCAUCGAGGUGAGGGGGGAGGGGGGUGGGUGGGGGGAGGAGGGAGGGGUGGAGGAGUGGAGGAGUUAUCAGGCGCCUCAGAAGGCGGGUGCACUGGGCGAGCGUGUGAGUGUGGGGGAGGGCGAGCGUGUGAGUGUGGGGGAGGGCGAGCGUGUGAGCGUGGGGGAGGGCGAGCGUGUGAAUGUGGGGGAGGGCGAGCGUGUGAGCGUGGGGGAGGGCGAGCGUGUGAGUGUGGGGGAGGGCGAGCGUGUGAGCGUGGGGGAGGGCGAGCGUGUGAGUGUGGGGGAGGGCGAGCAGAUUGUGCGCGUUGUGGCUUCCCACGGCAGCAACCUCAUCGAGGUGACAUGA